AUGGAUCUCAUGAAUAGCUCAACAAUAUCUGAGUUUAUAUUGUUAGGACUCACCAGUAGUAGGGAACUUGAAAUUUUCUUUUUUUUCAUAUUUUUGUUGAGCUAUGCAGCUAUUGUAGCAGGAAACCUUCUGAUUGUUGUCACAGUAACCUUUGACUUUCACCUGCACUCCACACCUAUGUAUUUCCUCCUUGGAAAUCUCUCCUUUUUUGAUAUGACUCUUUCCACAAUCACAACUCCUAAGAUGAUCACAGAUUUUCUCAGAGAGAAGAAAACGAUUUCCUUGUGGGGCUGCAUGGCUCAGAUGUUUUUCCUCCAUUUUUUAGGAGGCAGUGAGAUGACUCUUCUCAUAGUUAUGGCUGUUGAUCGGUAUGUUGCAAUAUGCAGACCUCUUCACUACACCACCAUCAUGAACCGCCGAGUACUCAUGGGUUCUGUGAUACUGUCAUGGACUGUUGGUUUUGUGCAUACUAUGAGUCAGAUGGUUUUUACUAUCACCUUGCCUUUCUGUGGCCCCAAUGUAGUAGACAAUAUUUUUUGUGACCUACCUCUGGUUCUAAAACUUGCCUGCACUGACACUUAUGUUCUGGAAUUGUUGGUGAUUGCAGACAGUGGACUGUUGUCUUUCAUCUGCUUUGUACUCUUGCUCAUUUCCUACACUGUCAUACUGGUGACCGUCCGACGUCGAUCGUCUGGUGGACUCUCCAAGGCUCUGUCCACACUGUCUGCUCAUAUCACUGUGGUCACUCUGUUCUUCGGACCAUGCAUCUUCAUUUAUGCUUGGCCGUUCAGUGGCCUUUCAGUGGAUAAAUUUCUUUCUGUGUUUUAUUCAGUCAUCACACCCUUACUGAACCCCAUUAUUUAUACUUUGAGGAACCAGGAGAUGAAAGCAGCCAUGAGUAGACUGAGGACCCAGCAUGUCAGCUCCAGACAGAACUUCUAG